AUGGCUCCGGUAGGCCUUCUCAUUGCCACGGGGACACUGGCGGUUCUGGCUACGUCUGUGACUAUUGUCCUCGAAAUCAUUUGCUGCAUCGGCGCAACAGACAACUCAUUAUUGCUUGCAGCUGGCGUCCUCGCUGCCGCCCUCGAGUCCGUGAUCCUCCUGGUCUUUGGCACUCUCGGCAUAGUGUACAUUCUGAAAGCCAAGAUACCCCUGGCAUGGAAAUGUUCCAAACUCGUCUUCAUCCUCCAGCUCACCGCCUGCGCAGUGGCUGCCAUCGCUUCCAUCGUCGCUCUGGUGUCGCUGCAAAAGUCAAUACCAGACACCCUAGAUGGUGGCUUGGCCGAUCAGAGAAGAAACAUUGCCAUCGGUCUAACAGUAGCGUUGACCAUGGCUGCCGUUUCCCAGCUGGGCUUCGUCGUCUUUUGCUUGCUCACGAGCCGUGGCAUGACUGUCCAAGGGUCGGCGUCGACGUGGUCUUCCCACUCGACCGAUGAUGGCCGCAAACAUUACGUAAAGGCGAUUCGAUAUAGCCAGACCAGCCCCAUGAACAAUGCCGAGGAAAACACGUCGGGAAGCAAGACCGACUCGCCAGCGCGCUACAACCAACGCUCCAGUUUCCGCAUAACUGGCAUGCCGCAUCUGUUCGGACCAACUUCGUCAGGAUGUAGGUUACUGAUACCAGACGAUCAGAGGCCCAUUUCCCUGGAAUCGGUGCUCCCUCGAGCCAGCACCGACACGUCGUUUGAUUCAUGGGACACAUCCUCUGUGGACACGCACCAUCGGCAGGCGGUCAUAGAUGUGGCUUCGGCUUCGCCCUCCUCGGCACUCAAGAACGCUCUUGAGACCAAUCCCGCCAAUCCUCCCAGAAGUCGGCCGCCCAGCCGCCCGCCCACGCCCUUUGACCUGGCAGAUCUCGAACCCCCGCGCAUCCUGCGCAGAAUGGACAGCUGUGGCUCCAGCCUGUCUCACUCGGAGCUGAAAGCAGCCAUGACGCCCAACGGCUCCAUCAGCGAGCUGCACAUUCACCCGCUCUUUCGCUCCGACUCUCCGACUCCACCACCUGCCGCGAGUCCAGGUACUGUCGUUGUAGCCGCGCCAAACGCUGGCCAGGUCAUUUCACGACGUGGAAGUCUACAGUCUCUGAGGCGCCUCCGAAGCGGCAGCUUACCUACACGCAGUCCGCUCAGUCUUCAGGCGAGCAUGGAAAGCCUCGGAAAAGGAAAAACGAGGGAAAACGGAGAAGCGGAGGCAGACAGAUGGAGCGACCGAUCUGACAAGAAUAAGACGCCUCCCGUUCCCGAGUGGCUAUUAAGCUCAUCCAUGAAAGCCAGCUUGGAAACUUACAAAGAGCGUGUGGUGAGCGACGCAAAUGGCGAAGCAGGAGAAGCUCCUGGCUAA